GAGGUGCAUAACCUAAUUCCCAGAGGGUAUAGGUAUAUUUAUCUACACUCUCUGACCUUCUCACGCGGAAUAUCGUUGGAUCCAACAGCUCCAAAAAAGAGAGAGAGAGAGCAGCGGCUGACUGCACUGGAAGUUGAGUUCGCUAAAGGUUCAGUCCGAAUGCACUGGAGAUGGUAAAAAAAAAGUUUGAUAUAUUUGUACAGCGAAACUGCAAAGUACAGGGGAACUUGUCACUGGAAUGCUGCUCUGGCAGGUCAUAUAAUGUGGAACAAUCCCAUGAGUGAUUCCGUGGACUAUAUAAAGCCUUUUUUCAUGUCAGUACUUUACCAGUGAAAGCGCCGGAUUCUAAUUUUCACGUGAAGAAGCUUUUAAGUCGACCAUGGCUUCUAAACUCAAUGUCCUUAUGUUUCUGGGAACCACUCGUGAAGGGAGACUUGGUCCUCGAGUGGCACAGUUCGUGCAACAUCAGCUCAAGACGAAGUAUGACUUGAUGCUGUUAGAUGCAGAAGACCUAAAUCUACCCAUGCUGAAGAAGGCCUUGCACUUUUAUGAAGACCCAUCACAAGCCCCAAAAGUUCUUCUUGACUGCAAAGCAAAAAUUCAAGCCGCAGAUGCUUUCAUUGUUAUAACAGCAGAAUACAACACAGGCAUGCCGCCAGCACUUAGCAACAUGCUGAAUCACUUCGGACCCAAAUCAUUCUCUUACAAGCCUUCUGGCAUCAUCAGUUAUUCAGUGGGAAUCUUUGGAGGGGUGCGAGCUGCCAUGCAGUUACGAUGUUUCCUAGGUGAAAUAGGAACUCUCAGUGUCUCCAAUGUUUUUGCCAUCCCAGAAAUACACAAUGCCUUGGAUGAGAAUGGAAAGCCAUUAAAUGAGCACAUGGUGACAGGGCUUGAUCACAUGAUCUCUCAGCUGGAUUGGUAUGCUCAUGCCAUGAAAAACCAUCGCAACAUGACUGGAGUACCAAAAUAUAUUCCAAAAAGUGACAUAAUUUAUGAGUAAAUAUGAUUACUAGUUACUGGAUGGCAGAGUACACUGAUACCAUCCAUGUCUUACACGUCAAGAUCAGUAAUGUUAGCUUACAAAAGUAUAGGUCCCUAUUGUUUACUUUUUGUAAAGCAGAUAGCAGAUGUUUCCUUUUUUGCAUGCCUACUUAUGCCCAAGGUCAAGCAUAAAAUUAAGUUGCUAGCAGAUUAUAAGAACAUAGUGUAGUCAUGGGUUUGUUGCAAUGGAUAUCACUUUUUUUAAUUUAUAUAAAUUCUGGCCAGUGCCAAUGUGAGAACCUGUGUUAAUGAGAUGUGACAGAGGAAAUGUAUUGGUUUUUUUCAAAAACCUAUAAGGGAACAGCAGUGUUCAAAAGCUUGUAUCUCACGGAUAUGGGUAUACAUGGUUUUUUGUUUUCUUGUUAUGAUCACAAUUUUCUCAAAAUAAUAUGCUGUUUUACCAACCAAAGUUGGUUUUGUUUUCCUCCAAAGCUAAGAAAAAAAAAGAAAGGCAUCUAACUUUGAUAUUAAAACUGAAUAUUCAAGUCAUGACUUUCAUCGACUCUCCUUGCAUUAUGCAUAUUGCAAACAUCCUUUAUAAAACAUUGCAAGUUGAAUUGCCAUUGAAUUCUCAAUCACUUCUUACAUCACACUCAGCAUUUAAUUUAACUUACUUCACAAUCAGCAUUUAAUUUAAAACAUGACAUGCAUGUUUAUUAAUAAAAGGAUGGAUUCUCUAAUGAGAACACGAAAUUCCUUCAGAAGAGAACAUUCAGGAUUUCUUUGGUAACAAAGAUUUUUAAAAAAACUGCCUUUUGCACAAAUGGUGGGCUUUUGGGAAAGGUUGGGGGUCUGUGAGAAGUAUAAGAGAGGAAGACAUCUCCUGACUUGGACUCCCUAAUAAAUGGUUGAAAUGUUAA